CUGUCGUUUGUAGCGCCGGAUGUCACGGUGGUGUCUGCUGGGUCCCGGCGAUGUUCUCUACGGUAGAGUAGAUACAUAGUCGACACACUGCUCAUCUGCACGACUUACCAAGCCACGAGGAGUCGACCAGACUCUGAUGUCCUUGGGUCUUGCUAGAUACGCACCCCCUUCUAUCCCAUUCUCACCUCCUUUGCUUGGCAUCUGGGUACUACAGUACCAAUACCAGCCACUGUGCCCAGCGCUCCUUGCACCUUCUAGGCAUAGGUUUGAACUGAAGCUCUAGUAGUUACCCUCGGCAUUACUGUACCGCUGUAACCUUCUUGCCAACAUGUCCCCAUCCUCGCCCUCCGCACCCUACGCACCCCGGUGAGCUCUAUCUCACGUCUUCCAACCCUGUCUUCAAGGAAAAUGUCUUUGAUGUCUUGCCAAUGCCAACAAACAAAGGAGCCAGUGAAGUUGCGUGAUGUACCAGCGAGUGUGCAAGGUCGGCUCAUGAUUGAGUUCUUGGGACCCAAGAGAGGAGUCGCGGUAAAGCAGUCAUUCAGGAGGUCAUAGCCAGUGGAAGGAUCCUACCGUAGCGUCAGUACUGGAUCCGCUGUAGCUGACAUCAGGUACAAAAUUCAACGUACUAGGUGGUGGUAGGAGCAAGAAGCCUGCAACAAGAUACUGCACAGCAGCGCAGCGGUUGUUCUGCUUGCAACAUGCCAAGAUCCGCCUCCCCGCAAAGGUGAUAUCUUUUUCUUCAUUUUCCGCAAAAGACAACAAGAAAGAAGGUCUUCUUGGAUAGAUAGAUUCGAUUCAUUGAUUGAUCUUGUUGCUGCCGCAUCGGUCGGAUAGAAAGAAAAGAACAGUUUGGUUAAGAAAGAAAGAGCGCAAAGAUGGGUGGUAAUUCAUUUGUCUACAUUCUCGACAAGACGUAUGCUUGGCAUCCGGCGACUCUCGAGAAAACGGAAAAGGGAAAGGCGACCGUCAAGGUACACACUCUAUUCCGACGAACAAGCCAUCUGCUCUGAUGGCGGACGAGGAGCCAAGAAGUCUGAGCAGAGAGUGGUCGAUCUCAAAAACUACACUGCCCAAGUCUUGCCCCUGCAAAAUGUCGACGCCAACGGAGAUCUCAUCGUCUUUCAAGAUAUGGUGGAAUUGCCAUACCUUCACGAGGCUGGUAUUUUGUACAAUCUCAAGGUUCGCCACAUGAAAGGAAAGCCAUACACACGAACUGGAGAUAUUAUCAUUGCCAUCAACCCUUUCCAAUGGUUCACGGAGAUCUACACGGACAAAGUCCGCACUCUAUACUCCAACAAGCUCGUCUGGACCGACUCUGGUGAAACCGAUCCCCGUGCAAGCUUGGAGCCUCAUGUGUACGAGACAUCUUCUCUCUGUUACAAGGGUCUUGCCUUUGAAGGAGUCGAUCAGUCCAUUCUGGUGUCUGGAGAAUCAGGAGCUGGAAAGACGGAGACGGUCAAGAUUGCCAUGAAUCACAUGGCGUCUGUCCAGCGUGGACCCGUGUCAGAAAGUGGUAACGACAGUUUUGAGGACCCUGUGGUGAACCGUGUCUUGCAAUCCAACCCUCUUUUGGAGACUUUUGGUAAUGCCAAGACUACCCGUAAUGACAACUCUUCUCGAUUCGGAAAAUACACCCAGCUUCAGUUCGAUGUCAACGAUCGCAACACAAACAUGGUUGAUCUCUCCAAGUCCACAUGCAAGCUGGCUGGUUCCAUUUGCGAGGCCUACCUUUUGGAGAAGAAUCGUGUCACUGGUCACACAGAGCCUGAACGUACCUACCACAUCUUCUACCAGAUCCUGGCUGCUCCUGAAGACCAAAAGGCUAGCUUCUGGUCUGGCCUGAAGGGCACCAACUUCGACUCUUUCAAGUAUGUUGGAAACACAGCAACAACCAAGAUUGAGAAGAGGACAGAUGCCGAGUGGUUUGAGGGAACUUGUGAGACUUUGUCCCUCAUCAACCUUGGUGGAGACAAGCUCACUGCCUUGAUGAGAGCCAUCACAGCUACAAUGCAAUGCGGUAACUUGGCGUUUGGUCCUCAAGCUGGUGAUGCAGACAAGUCUGAGUGCACAUCCAAGAAGGAGCUAGCUGAUCUUGCUGAUAUCAUUGGUGUCGCAGAGGCAGAAAUUCAACUGGCUUUCACAGAGCGUACCAUGAAGACAAGAAAUGAGACCUACAAGGUGCCAAUGAAUGCUGAUUCAGCCAAGGCUGGUUGUGAUGCUUUUGCCAAGGAGGUGUAUGGAAAGUUGUUCCUCUGGUUGGUCGCUGGUAUCAAUGAAGCCACCAAGGCCGAGAACAAUUACCCCAUUCCGUGCUCAGAGUAUGGCAUCAUUGGUCUGUUGGAUAUCUUUGGCUUUGAGUCCUUUGUCAUCAAUCGUUUUGAGCAGCUUUGUAUCAACUACGCAAACGAAAAGCUCCAGCAAAAGUUCACUGAGGAUAUCUUCCGCUCUGUCCAGGCUGAAUAUGAAGCUGAGGGAAUUGAGCUUGCUGAGAUUACCUUUGAUGACAACACUGAUGUGCUGGACUUGAUUGAGGGUCGUACCGGUCUGUGUGCCAUGUUGAAUGAGGAGUGUGUCCGUCCCAAGGGUAGUGAUGAAGCAUUUGUGCAGAAGGCUCUUGGUGCCAACAAGAAGUCUCCCUGUUUGAUCGUGAACAACAUGGAUCGUAUGGGAUUUGGUAUCCAUCACUACGCAGGAAAGGUCAUGUACAGUGCUCUGUACUUCGUUGAGAGGAAUCAAGAUACCCUCCCAACGGAUUUGGAAGAAGCCAUGUUCAAGUCCUCCAACUUCAUCAUUGCUUACAAGGUGCCUGAAGCUCCUGCAGCGGCCGGCAAGGCCCCCAAGCGUCAGAAGAGUAACAUUGUUGGUUCUACUAUCUGGGCCAAGUACAAGACUCAAUUGAGCUCUUUGAUGACCAACUUGCGCAAGACUCGCUCCCGCUACAUCCGUUGUAUCAAGCCCAACAAAGCCAAGGUGCCGGUCAAGAUGGAGCACAUUGGAACUGUUGAACAGCUCCGUUGUGCUGGUGUUGUUGCUGCUGUGACUAUCACUCGUUCUGCUUUCCCCAAUCGUAUGGAGAACGCCGUUGCCCGAAUGCGUUACAACACCAUGUGGGACAAGAAGAAGUACCCCACUACCAGGACCGAUGAUGAUCCGCUUGAUGUUGGUUUGGGCAAGGAUUGCGAUGCCCUCUUUACCUGUGCUUUGAUUGAGAAGCAGGAAGGCGACAAGAAGGCUUUCGUUGUAGGAAAGACUCGUACCUACUUCCGUGCAGGAGCUCUUGAGUAUCUUGAAGCCAACAGGGCUGCUGGUAUGGAUGGCCAAGCCAAGCAGAUCCAGGCUCUUGUGCGUGGUCAUCUCGCCCGCAAGAAGUUCGGUAACUUGCGUGGUGCGAAGGAUGCUGAAGAAAAAGCCAAGAGGGAAGCGGAGGAAAGGAAGAAGCGUGAGGCAGAAGAGGCCAAAAACAAGGCUGAGCGUGACAAGCUUGCCGCUGAGAGAGCCGAGGCGGCUCGCAAGAAGGCAGAAGCAGAGAAGAAGGCUCGAGAAGAGGCAGAGAAGAAGGCCGAAGCGGAACGCAAGAAGCGCGAGAAAGAGGAGGCAGAGGCAAAAGCACGUGAAGAGAAGGAGAGGGAGAAGGAAGUGAAGAAGGCACAAAAGGAAGUCGAGAAGUUGAAGAAGGAUCUCGAGGCCAAGGAGAAGGAAAAUGCGAAGAAGGUUGCCAAGGCAGAAGAAAAGGCCAAGGCAGCAGAGAAGGAACGUGAUUCUUACCAAGAGAAGUAUGAGCAACUGAUGGGAGAAGCCGCAAAGAUUGACAAGACAGAGCUCCAGGCAAUGCAGAAGAAGGUGGCAGAGUCCGACAAGGUUGUUUCAUACUUGAAGAAGGACAAUGAAAAGACUCGCCAGAAGACCAAGGAUAUGGAGGCCGAUAUUGAGGAGUUGAAGGAAACCAACCAACGUCUCGUUGAAGCAAGUGCAUCAGCUGGAGCUUCCCUUGACUCGCUCAACAAGCAGAAGGCACGAAUUGAAGACCACAAUGCCAAGCUGGAAGACAACCUUGGCAAGUACACCGAUCAGAACAAGCAGCUCCAGAGGGAUCUCGAUAAUCGCCAGGCCUACUUCGAAGCCGAGAAGAAGAUCAAGGAGGACUACGAGAAGGCCAUGGAGAAGGUUGUGGAGAUGAUGGAAGAUAAGUGCGACGAUUCGGCACUUGUUGAGAAGAUCAUGACAGCUCAGUUGACAUGCACAACCAACAACUUGAACCGCUUGGCCGGCGGAGCCUUCCCAGGUCUGUAAAUCGUUUCUUUGUCUCGUGUUGGAGGCCCAGUGUAUCGCCUACCUAGUGCAACCAUUUCUUUAGUUGAUUACAUUAAUAAAAGGGUAGCUUUAGAUGUUUCCGUCUGCUGCUCUUAU